CCUGCUUUGCCCUGCGAUGAGCUCCCCAGUGGUUCCAGGCGACCUGCAGCUUCCCCCGAGUCAGAGGACCCAGUUCGCCUUCAGAGGUAGAAACAAGGGAAUGAUGACAUCUGAGGGUCUGGUCCAAGAAGAGACAAAAGUUCUGAAACUUAAGACAAAAAUGGCUGAUAAAGAAAAUGUCCAUAGACCUACAAGGAGCAAAAAUAAUGUAACAAUGGGAAAAGAUUGUGUUCCGUUAAGACCUUCUAAUGAAUUAAUCAAUUCAACUAUAGCCACUGAUACAUAUAACUUGGAGAAUAAUAAUCAAACUCUGCAGUUGUUACCAAUUACAAAUGAUCACCAAGGUCAACGUAUGACAUUAAGCCAAGCAUUUCACAUUAAAAACAAUAGUAAAAAGAUACAAGUGACUACAGAAAAACCAAAGCAAGAUGCUAACAUGCUCAAGAAACCUGUGCUUGGAUCUAAUCGUGGCCGAAUUGUUCAAUCUAAGGCUCAUUCAUUUAGAAACCCUGUACGAGCCAAAGAUGAGCAUUCUGCAAGAACAAAGAAACUUUCAGCUCCUGUCUCUAAGGCCACAAAACCUCAGCCUAUAAACACCAGCAGUGUAAUAGCAAAAAGUCACAGAGCCUCAAAUAUGAUGACAACGACUAAAUUUGUGAGGGCUACAUCGCAGAAGAAACAUGUUUUAUGUCCUCCUAUUACAAGUCACCACAGUGUUACUCAUAAUACCCAGGACUCCCUGAAACAAGGCAUUGCCAAUGUUACAGUUCGGAAAGGGUCUCAUGAGAAAGAAUUGCUACAAUUAAAUACAGUUUUAUCUAGUGUCAAAACCAUUUCUUCUCAGGAAGUAAAAAGAAAUAAGACGGUAUCAAGAAGCAUCACAUCUGAAAUGAUAGCCAGGCCUGCUUCAUCUUCUAAUAUCAAACAGAUAGAAAAGUCAAAAACCAUUGACCAGUGCAGGCAUAUUAUAGCAAAAGCAACUGUCAACAAUAAAAGAGCUCAGCCCAAAGAAACCGUAGAAGAAAGAAAAGCUCUUCUGAGUGAGUGGAGAGCUAGCAAAGGAAAAAUGUUGAAAAGGCCUCCUAACUCAGUAAUAACCCAACCUGAACCCGAAGGACAGAAUGAAAAACCAGUUGGGUCAUUUUGGACUACCAUGGUGGAAGAUGAAUAAAGAUUAUUUACUGAAAAAGUAAACAAGACAUUUUCUGAAUGCCUAAACCUGAUUAAUGAGGGAUGCCCCAAAGAAGAAGAAUUAAACACACUGAAUGACCUGAGUAAAAGUAUUCCAGAUGCUAAAAAACUUGUUAAGUAUUGAAUAUGCCUUGCACGUGUGGAACCACUCACAAGUUCUAUUGAAAAUAUUAUCUCAAUCUUUGAGAAGGCCAUUCUGGCAGGAGCUCAGUCUAUUGAAGAAAUGCGACAUGCAAUUGCAGAUAUUCUAACAAUGAAGAGUCAAGAAAAAGUUAAAUUUGGAGAAAAUCCUGAGGAGGCUUGUGCAACCAAGGAAGAAAUCCAAGAAGUCAACAUUGAAGAUAUUGGUGUUAAUCUAGAGUCAGGAAAACCUGAAAUGAAAAAUAAACAUCAUAGAAAUGUGGUAUUUCAAGAUUGUAAAAAAGAGCGGGUACACAAAACAAAAGAUCCAACCAAUGAUGUUAAAACCCCCAACAAAGAAACUAGGGAGGAUUGCUUAAUUAAAUAUAUUGUGUCUACUACACCAUACUUUCAAAGUGUAAAAAAGAAGAUGCAGUUUGACGAAAUAAACUCUACAUCUAAAAAGCUCAAAUUUCUAACACCGGUUAGACGUUCUCAGCGACUUCAAAACAAGACUUCUGAAUUGCCUGAUAUGUUAAAAGACCAUUAUCCUUGUGUAUCUUCAUUGGAACAGUUAACAGAGUUGGGGGAUGAAACUGAUGCUUUUAUAUGCCGCCCUAAUGCAGCACUGUGCCGGAUGUAUUUGGAGACUGAAACAACAGAAGACAAAUGAAGCUAUGAUAAGAA